AUGGCUACCGCGGUCGAUCAGAAGCUGCUACGGCAGACCAAGUUCCCGCCCGAGUUUAACCAGAAAGUCGACAUGAAGAAGGUCAAUGUCGAGGUUAUGAAAAAAUGGAUAGCAGGCAAGAUCUCCGAAAUUCUCAAGUCCGAAGAUGACGUGGUAAUCGAGCUAUGUUUCAACCUGCUCGAGGGUUCGCGCUUCCCCGAUAUCAAAGCCCUUCAGAUCUCGCUCACCGGCUUUCUUGACAAGGACACGCCUAGAUUCUGCAAAGAAUUAUGGAACUUAUGCUUGAGCGCGCAGUCGAGCCCACAGGGUGUCCCCAAAGAACUUCUCGAAGCCAAAAAGCUAGAGCUUCUUCAAGAGAAGGUAGGAUCCCACACUAUCUGA